AUGACUGUGCCGUCCCAUACACUACGUAUAAAUAGUACUGCAGACAUGUCUGUUGAUAGUCCUACCGUUACUAUUGAUACUAGCGAUGAAGUAUCGCUUAAAAAUCAUACCAGCAGCCAGACUCACGACCCGUCACACACGCAGCAUGACUACGAGCUUGCCUGCGAAGCCAGCUCAAGUGACAAUGCUGCAAAGCAGCCCAAACCUAAAAAGACUUUUAAACUUGUUUACGCAGAUAUCCGGCCUUAUCUCACACCAUGGAAUAUAUUUUCUCUAGUUCUUCUUUUUGUGAUAAUUGUGUCUGGUGCAAUACUGUUUAUGGCACUGGUUGGUAUGCUUCGAUUCAGCACGAAAGAAGUUAAAAAUUUGUGGAUCGAGGUCAACUCCCAAAUCCUUAAUACAAUCUUCACAUUUAAUGCUCUAGUCGUACAACCAGAACGAGCAUGGUUGAUUUAUUGCACUAUCAAGUAUCGUCUUGCACUCGGAAGGUUUCGUAAAAUAUUGAAUAUUCAGGGAGAUGAGGAAGCGGCUGCUGCGUUAAGCAAACUAGAUGCAGACACCUAUCGUACUAGCCAAAUCGAUUCGGCUUUUGAGAACAUGGCACUGUGGGCUGGCCGUAUUCAAUCCAAAGUCAAUGCCAUACAUCUCUUCAGUGGUUACGAUUUCCGUGCCAGUACGUCAACUGUUGCUGUCGAUCAAGCAGUUUCCAACGAGGUAUUACCCAACACUUCAAAAACAGUAUAUCCGCCAGCAACUGCUGUAGAUAUGGGUCAUGCAUCUAACCCUGAUUUGCAGCAAAAGGUGUAUUCAGUCCAUACACCCUUUUACACAUGGGUGGCCAUUCUAGCAUUUUUGAAUGGACAGUGUUUUUUUCAAUAUCCAAUUGAUUACGGUAUGUGGGCGUGGGCUGUUGAUUACAACAGUAGACCGCCUUGGAUUGUUGGAACUUUUCUUCCAUUAAGUUUUCUAUCGGGUGCAAUUGGUGGAAUCUGGCCAAUGCUAAUCGCUCGUAAAGCUAAAAGGGCUGCUGCUGUUCACUCUGAACACUGA